CGGAAGAAGCCGUUUGAAUGUGUCAUUUCGUGUAGCUCCAGCCCGAAGUUACGGUGUCCAAUUCCAGUCGCUUGAAAACCCGUUAUCUGCAAACAGAACAAUACUACAGAUAUGUAGCUGACAAGCUGAAAUACGUCUUUUACCAGCCGUUAUCGUCAUCAGCGCAUCAGAAGCGAUAAUCGAUUGAUCAUCGUGCAUUUCCCUAGAGAGUGAUGCCAGGUGCAUUAAGCAAUGACUGCCCACACUUGGAGUGUGUGGGGGAGAUCACCAAAGAGGAACUCAUACAGAAGUCUCAUGGUCAGUGUCAUGACUGUAAAGUCUGGGGGCCAAACCUUUGGGCCUGUCUAGAGAAUGGCUGUUCAUAUGUUGGCUGUGGGGAGUCGCAUGAAGAUCACAGCACCAUCCACUCUCAGGAGACAAGGCACAACCUGACGGUGAAUCUGACAACCUUGAGAGUGUGGUGCUACGCUUGCACAAAGGAGGUUUUCCUGGAAAGGAAACUGGGUCCCCACACACAGUUGCCCAGCACUGCCAAACCCGCCUCCCCAGUGCAGAUCCCCAACCAGGAACCCAAAGCUCCCGGCAGCCCCACCUCUCUGAGAGUUCCUCCAGCGGGAGGCUGUGAUGACCUGGACAUGGAGACUGAGGAGGAGGACGAGCUGGGAACCAGAGGUCUGACUGGACUGAAGAACAUCGGUAAUACCUGUUACAUGAAUGCAGCACUCCAGGCGCUCUCCAACUGUCCUCCCCUGACUCAGUUUUUCCUUGAUUGCGGUGGUCUGGUUAAGACAGAUAAGAAGCCAGCGCUAUGCAAGAGCUAUCAGAAACUUAUCACAGACCUAUGGCACAAAAACAGGAACUCAUAUGUCAUCCCCACAAAUCUAUUUCAGGGCAUCAAGGCAGUAAACCCAAUGUUCCGUGGUUAUUCCCAACAGGAUUCUCAGGAGUUUCUGCGCUGUCUGAUGGACCAACUCCACGAGGAGCUCAAGGAGCCCAUUCCUGAACCCGAGGACCCAAACCAGCCUGUGGCCAUGGACGACAGUCCCGACGAGGACAACCACAGCAAGGCAGAUGACUUCAAGUCCUGCGAGUCUUGCGGCAGCAGCGAUCGUACUGAUAGUGAAGGCCCCAGAGUCCCAGAGGACAUCAAUGAAGCUGAGAUGCUGAUACCGGAGCAGAACCAGAACAACAGAGAUUGGCAAAAAGAGAAGAAUCUCAUCAACAAUCUGUAUCGGGCCGGUUCACAUGGCGACCUGGAUAAAGACGUGGACACGGCCAGUGAAACGAGGCCAAUCAUUAGCAGCCAAGGAGCCAUUAAAUCUCAGGGCCGAACUACAGACUCAAACCCUGAAAUCCAAGUCAGCAGCAGCACCAGACCUCAGAGUCCUAGAAUUAAUGAAGGGAUCACUUCUAGACUGUCCAGCAGUCCCCCAAAAUCCUCUAUGUGGCCUAAUCUGAGCUCCGCUCACAAGAAAGUGUCCUCGUUCACUCCACCAAAGGGUAAACGGCAGAGGAAAUAUCGCAGCAUAAUUUCUGAAGUGUUUGACGGCACCAUUGUGAGCUCUGUUCAGUGUCUGACCUGUGACAGGGUUUCAGUGACUCUGGAGAAUUUCCAGGACAUUUCCUUGCCCAUCCCGGGGAAAGAGGAUCUUGCAAAGCUGCACUCUUCCUCCCACCAGACUGCUCUGGUCAAGGCUGGUUCCUGUGGAGAAGCCUACGCCCCUCAAGGCUGGAUCGCUUUCGUCAUGGAAUAUAUCAAGAGCUGGUUCUGGGGCCCUGUGGUCACGUUGCAGGACUGUCUGGCUGCCUUUUUUGCCAGAGAUGAACUAAAAGGGGACAACAUGUACAGUUGUGAAAAAUGCAAGAAGUUACGAAAUGGAGUCAAAUUCUGCAAAGUUCAGAGUUUGCCAGAAAUAUUGUGCAUUCACCUCAAGCGCUUCAGACAUGAACUAAUGUUCUCCGCCAAAAUCAGCACGCAUGUGUCCUUUCCUUUGGAAGGCCUCGAAAUGCAGCCCUUCCUGGCCAAGGACAGCUCCGCCCAGACCACCACCUACGACCUGCUGUCAGUCAUCUGUCACCAUGGCACUGCCAGCAGUGGCCACUACAUUGCCUAUUGUCGGAAUGAGCUGAACCAGCUAUGGUAUGAGUUUGAUGACCAGAGUGUUACUGAAGUGUCUGAGGCCUGUGUUCAAAAUGCUGAGGCAUAUGUGCUCUUUUACAAGAAGAGUAAUGAUGAGGCUCAGAAGGAGAGACGAAAGGUGAACGGUCUGCUCAACCUGAUGGAGCCCAGCCUCCUGCAGUUCUACAUCUCCCGCCAGUGGCUGAACAAGUUCAAAACCUUUGCCGAGCCUGGACCCAUCUCCAACCAUGACUUCCUGUGUGCCCAUGGAGGUAUUCCACCAAAUAAAGCCACGUCCAUUGAUGAUCUUGUUAUGAUGCUUCCUCAAAACGUAUGGGAUCAUCUGUAUAGCAGAUAUGGAGGCGGCCCCGCUAUCAAUCAUUUGUACGUCUGCCACACCUGCCAGACUGAGAUUGAAAAGCUGGAGAAACGACGCAAGAAUGAACUCGACAUGUUUGUGCGGCUCAAUAAGGCAUUUCAGGAGGAAGAGUCACCUGUGGUGAUAUACUGUAUCAGCAUGCAGUGGUUCCGGGAAUGGGAGGGCUUUGUCAAAGGCAAGGACCUUGACCCACCAGGGCAAAUUGAUAACUCCAAGAUUGCUGUAAAUAAAAAUGGACACAUCACAUUAAAGCCAGGUGCCGAUUCAGGGCAGAUAUCUGAGGAGACCUGGAACUUCCUCCAUUCCAUCCACGGAGGAGGGCCGGUGGUGACCGUGCGGCCCAGCGUCAGCCAUCAGGAAGCAGAGAACUCCCAAGCGGAGGAGAAGAUUGAAGUAGAGACACGCUCUUUGUAGAUGUUCUGAAUUGGGACUGAAAAACACUUAGUUUUAAAGCAGUCAGGCAAAGGACCUUACAGCUUCACCUCAGCACACACACAACCCUUUCCCACACUUUUUUUCCUCCUUAAUGACUGUUCUUUAUAGCAGACAGGUGGAUUAAACCUCCUUCAGUAUGUCUCGUAUUUGUAUAUAUUGUGCAUACCCUAUCCUAUUGGCACUAGUAACCAAUUAGACCCAAGGCAAAUUUCACAGUUCACAUUGCAUUUGAUUUUUAGGUGUGACUGCGUUCCCAACAUAUUCUGCCUUUCCCAAACCAAAUAGUCCAUGAUUUGUGUAAAAUGAAACUGGUGAAGGAUUCCACUGCAUCUAUCCGUAGAUAUCAAGGAGGUACUGCCUAAUUUAAGAACAUUUACGAAUAUGUUGUCUUAGUAGAUAAAAUCUUCAUGUACGGGGUAUGAAGGGAUACGAAAUGCUACGUAGUCUCAGGAAAGAACAUUUUCUUUUGUUAUGCACAGUACUGUAGUCAAAACGUGCAUGCCUCAGCUCUGAUGUUCGAUAUGUAUUUGAAUGUACUAGUACUUAAAGAACACACGUUCCUACACUAAAUGUUAUUUAUUCCACAGGGUAUGAUUGUUCCAGCAUUCAUAGAUGUUUUCUUUGUUAGAAAAUGAUUUGGCAAGCUAAUGCACGCUAAUAGGAGUGAUUUGGCACAUUAUGCUGGCAAGAAAAUCUAUUCCUCAUUUUUAUUUGUAUUUCAUAGUGAUGCCACACGGUUGCAUGUAGAUGCAAACAGUUAGGUGCACAUUUCAACAGAUCAAUGGCUGUCUUGUUUAAAAAUGUUAUGUAAUAGAAAAACAUUGGAGCAAUUAAAUCCUGCAGCCUCACAUGUGUACAUUCAGUGCAUUAUUUAAUGUAUAGAGGAAUUUGAUGUCAUUUUUAAAUUAAUUGUAUGCAAAGAUGAAAGCUGUAUCUGCGUGGCUAAUAUUAAACCCAAAACUUAUGCUGUG